GUCUUUCCCCGUCAACGAGGCUGUCCAGACUUAGGUAUACAUAUCGAGGAUGCUUGGGCGUGCACGAGGUCGUGCACUACCCUCCCCUUGACUCGCACCGAAGACCAUGGCUUAUGGCAUAGAUACGUUCAUGGGAGCAUCCCGUGCGUCAGUACCAUACCAGGACUUUUCUCCCCGCGAAGCCCUUCAUAGGAUACGCCAAAGCGGAGAUGAGAAUGAGCCUGAUGAAAAUGAGCCCGACGAGGACGAGCCGGACGAAGACGAGCCCGAUGAGGACGAAGGCGGCCAUGGCCACACGACAGCGACGAAGACAGUCUCAGUAGAAAGCACGACGUCACCUAGUGGAUCCCUGACCAGCGAUCAAGCCAACGAAACUGGUCGUAUCGAUUCGGAGCGCAGGUCCUCCGACGACAAUGACAAGAGUCGCUCGAUCGCCUUGGGGAUCGUCAUACCAGUCCUGGUCAUCUGCCUCAUAGCUCUCGCUUUCUGGUACCGCAAACGGCGCCAGAACGAGAAGCUCAUGCGCGAUGCCCGCGAGCGGCGCAUGCGUGACCCGCUGCUUCCGAUGGCGAAUAAACCUACGACAGCUGGGAUGCAGACGCUCGCCUCUCGGCCAUCGGCCACAGCGACGACGUCGACCAUGUUAUCUCCGCAUACCAAUUCAACCUCGUCUCGCUGUCCUAUGGCUAUGUCGCCGCCCGCCCCAGUCACUCAGCGUUCGGCAUCGUCUCCGGCCGCUCAGGCGACCCAUACAGCGCAGACCGCCCCACAUCCUGGUCCUUCCUCUUCCGCGGACCCCCUUCCUAACCCUCACUCUGACAAUGGGCACGAAUCCGCGGCGCAGCACCUCGACAAUAUCCCCCCUGCAACGAACUCGAGCGACGCGCUGCCUCCUUCCACAGAUCGCGAGCAUCCUACCAUCGACAUACCGACCUGCCUUCAGCCAGGCGGGGGUAAGUCCUCGCCGCCCGUUCGUCGCGGCUCCGAAGACUGGCUUCCAUCUCGCUUUCACACCCUCGAGCGCAACGUACCUCAUCUCUACUACAGCCCAUCCCUCGACAAACUCGCAGCUCAGUCGGCAGAGACGUCGCCAAAUCUGAGCGAGGAGCAUCCGCCCGCGGUCCAGGCGCUGGAACUUCAGGCGACGAGACGGGAGGAGGAUCACCCUCCGCCUUUCCAAGGGCCGUCUGAAUCUGACUGUCCUUCGGCUUUCUCGGUCGACGAGAAGGGCCGCACGCGUCUGUCCUGGCGACGUUUGUCUUCUCGGUUGAGCGGCGAGGCAGGUGGACGACGCAGCUCAUCCGAGGGCCAGGGCAGAGUCACGCCGUCAACUUCCCCGGUGUCACCGCCAGCCGAUGUUGUGAGCUCGCCUACUUCCAUCUCUUCGCGACGUCGUUCUGCGCCGCCGCAAGUUGACAAAGCUCUCCCUUCGGCGCCUCAGUCGGCAUCCUCUACGGCAGAGACGACGAGAGACUUGGUGACCGACAAGACCCCUGCACGCUCGUCCAGCAUUCCGACAACCCGCAGCCCCGUCGAACAAGGGUCCAGCUCACGCGGGCGUAGUCAGCCCUCCUUCGGCGUCAUCGGUCAACGCUCGCCCUUCUUCGAGUUCGUUGCUGCGACGGGGCAGGACCCGGCUCGGGCGAAGAAGGGAAAGCGCGACAGCACUAGUGGUGCGGCUGUCGUUCGGCGCGAGACGCGUCAGACUGGUCCUCCUGCGUAUGCCGAGGCCAUGGCAGAUGGGUCGACGGUGCAUGGGCAUGGGACGUUGUAGGGGAAGGAUGCACAGAAAAUCAGAACUCUGUACUUCACGAUGCAUAAUGAAUGUAAUGUUUCCGGGAAACGGAC